AUGGAUCAUGAUGACCUUUCAAGAACUCACUCUCUUUUCCCUCUGGAGAGCUGCCCACAAGUUCCUGACGAAGCUUUCAAUCUCUUCCACUCCAUUGACAGAGAGCUCUACACCCGUUUGAUCUACAAUCUGGGUCGGGACCCGCCUGAGAAACGACAACCGCUGCCGCUGCCGCUGCUGAACGAACUUGCGGAGGAGACGGCGGCGUGUUUGAAGUGCGUGGAGAAGGAUGAGUUUCAUUUCCGUGAUGAUGGGAUCAGUGGUUAUCAUGAGAUCACUCUGUUGCCUGAAAUUUUGAGUAGCCGUGUCGUCAGCCUCCGCUUCUUCCAUGAGAAUCGAAUUGCUGUGCUCCGGGGAGUCACUAAGAUCAUGAACACCGUCUGUUCAAGGGCCUUCAAUGAUAUCUUGCAGCGGGCUUGGCGUGCAGGGAACGCCGCUGCCGCGGCGGACAGUGGUGGUGGGCAUGUCAGUCCGGUAGGUGGUGUCCCGGUGCAGUUCAUGCGUGCUACUCAUGAAGUUGGGGAGUCAAGCAGCGCGGCAGAGAGGAGAAACGAAGGUGGUGGCGGUGGUGGAGGGGUGACGGCGCCGCCUGUUAUGCCGAUCUUGUAUCACCCUUUUCUCAACGUACCAUUCGUCCCUCUUCCUCCAGCAGCAUCAGGUGGGCUAGUGGGAAUCCCACUUCCUCCACAAUAUCCAUAUGUUCUGCCACCAGGCGCCCACCGUCCUCCUCGUCCUCCAGUGGCGGCGGACGCUAUCGGGAUUCCCAUCCACAUGGUGGCGGAGGGGAGUUUUCCGGCGUACGAUUUCGGGGCACAGCGCCAAAUUGAACUAGGAGAAAUGCUGAGCAGGACCUUGAGUAUCAGCAGCAGAGAUGAAACUAGUAACUAUGGAGAAGAAGAAGAAGAGAUUGCAGCCGAUGACAGAACAAUUUUCUUGACAUUCUCCAAAGGUUACCCCAUAACUGAAGAUGAAGUCAAAGAAUUCUUCACCAGGAGAUUUGGGGAUUUCAUAGAGGAGUUGAUCAUGCAAGAAGUGGGAGAAGACGAGCAAGUCCUAUACGCGAGGAUGGUGGCGCGGUCACCUGCGGUGAUAGAGGGGAUCGUGGGAGGAAACAAAGCAAAGUAUUCGAUAAAUGGAAAGCAUGUGUGGGCAAGAAAAUAUGUGAAGAAACAGCAGCAGCAGUCGAGAUCGCCUCCGAGACAGGAUUCUACUUCACAGCAGCAGCAAGGCAGUAGUUCUUCUCCAUCCACAUCUACUUCUGGGCGUGGGGAGCAGUUCUGA